CAAGACAAACAAAAGACGGGAUCCAGGAUCUGACUGUAGUAGACAGACAGGGAGCGAUGGUCAGAUAAAUGACCAGGAGGCUGAAGAGAGACAAAGAGACAACAGAUAUCAGGAGGAGUGCACAAACUUGAAGAAGAGGAGGAGUCUGAUCUCAGAGGAAGCUAAAAAGAGUGGAGCGCGAAAAGAAGCCCUUCAAAACAGAGUGAUCCUUUCUGAGUGGCCACUGACAUAGAUGUUGAAUAAACUGGAAUCUGGCAAAGAGGACCUCAACUGGCAAAAAAAAAAAAAAAAAAAAAAAACUUCAUCACUGAAGGAUUUUCUGAAAAUAUAAACACACGGAGCUGUACAAAGGCACCAAGGAGACCAGAAGACAAACAUUAUUAAAAACAGAAAGAAGACGUGGAGAUACCACCCACAGAGAGAGACUGAGUAUACCACACACAGGGUUUAUCACAGGACUUCUGGUCACCUCUCUGUGUUGGAAUGGAAACAGUGAACUGCUAAAAAGGAGUUGAGUGAGUUAGAAGUACACCUACACUGCACCGACAUUGCAGCAUGAAGCUUAGGCAUGGGGCAAGAGGGGCACUACUGGCCUUGCUGCUGAGUUUACUGCUGUCUACCUGCACCACACAAGAGAGUGAGGAGAGUCUGGAGCUCCAAGAGGAAAACAAUACAGUCAGCACUGAGAGCCCUGAUACUGUAUCUUCUGACAUAACCAAUGUGAGCCCUCAUAGGACAUGGAUAGUCUUUAGGGACAACUCCAACAAUGAUGGAAAUAAGAAACCAAAAGGAAAUAAAAGACUUUCCAAGCAUGGCCUUCCAGGUCCACCAGGCCCUCCUGGUCCCCAGGGGCCUCCUGGUCCUCCGGGCCCCCUACUGCCUCAUCAUGCAGAGUUGAUACAGGACUUCCAAAUCAAACUAAAAGAGAUGGUAGGAACUCACUGCCUGCUCUGCGAUCAAACCCCUCGUGUGGCCACAGCUUUCCGUUGCCGACUGCACCACAACCUGUUAGUUCAACGUCGCAGUCUGCAGGAGCUCCAGCCCUUCAACACUCCCUCAUACACAGAGCAGUUCCAUCAGAGGGGACAGGGAUUUAAUGCCAGCAGUGGCCGAUACACAGCUCCAGUGUCUGGGUUCUACCAGCUCACAGCUAGUCUGCUACUGGAAUCCAGUGAGUCUCAGAAAAAACCUCACGGCAGACAGAGGGACAGUGUUAAGGCCUCUAUAUGCAUAGAGUCUCUUUGUCAGAGUAAUGUUUCUUUGGAGACAGUGACUGGAGUGAGCGCCACAGGGGGAGUAUUCAGUAUUCUCCUGACCGGGACUCUUUACCUGCAGGCUGGAGAGUAUGUAUCUAUUCUUAUUGACAAUGGGACAGGCUCAGCCCUAACAAUUCUCCAAGACAGUCUGUUUUCUGGCAUUCUUAUUGGAGUAUGAGGACACAAACAAAACACACACCAAUGACUAUAAAGAAGCUCAUUUUUACAGCGUUGACAAAAUACAUAUCUUUAUUAGGUAAGGUAUUCAGGACAUAUUCGAAUAAUAAUUUCAUAAAAGGGAGGACUCUUUUCAAGCAUCUAGAAGAGACUAUGUUUUACUACUGUUGCAAAGGGCAGCAUGAUUGCACUGCUAUUUCUUUCCAAAAUAAUAGCAACAUUUAAACUCUGUUCAUAGAGGUGUAUGUAUUUUUUCAUGUGGUAUGCAUAUGCAUUCCAUUCUUAACAGGGUUUUAUUUAUUUCUAUUAGCUUUUUGAGAGAAUAUUGAUGUUUGUGUAUAUUUGCAAUAAACUGCUUCCAUAAC